AUGAAGUCCCUCUCCGUCCUCCUCCUCACCCUGGCAAGCACCGCCGUCGCCGCCCCCGCAAACAAACACCUCCCCGUCGUCACCCCGGCCCCCGUCAUCGCGGCUCACCUCCCCGUCAUCACCCAGACGCCCGCCAUCGCGGCCGUCCUCCCCGGCGCGGUAAUACCACCUCCUCCUCUUCUUCUCCCGGGCUUCAAGCCGCCUCUCUCCUCUCACAAUCGCAACAACAACAACAGCAGCAGCAGCAGCAGCACUGACAAUGACAACAUCAAGCAGCCUUCCCCUGCUGUGGACGAUGGAACGACCUGCGAGCAAAUCACCCUCGGCGGCAGCGGAAAGGUCGGCAAGACCACGCUGGAGGCCAAGUGCAGGAACGACAAGGGCGAGUGGUGGAACACGAGCAUCAACUUGAACGAGUGCAUUACCAACGUUGGCGGCAAGUUGCAGUAUCUGCCUGACGGUGGAUUUGAUGCCUCGUGCAGGCCCUGCACAAUCGACACCGUUCCCGGCGGCGCGGAAAUGAACCUCAAGUGCAACUGCCUCGACUGGAAGCGCGUUCCCAAGUUUACCUACCUGGAGAUGGGCGACCGCGUUGAUUCCUCGUUGGCUGUCAAGCUGGUCGAUGGACGCUUCGUCUGCGGUGACCGCGUGGGGGAUAAGAGCCCUCUCCUGUAA